CAAUCAAUACUACGACCCAGGAGGUUUUGCUAUGGCUAAGAAGGGCCGCAAAGUCUCCAAGAAGGAACAAUCGACUGUCGCCUCUGGACAACUGCUACCUUGUACCCAGUGUAAGAGGUCAUUCUCUUCUCGCGGAGGACUUCAUCAGCAUUCCAAUAACAUGCACAAGAGCACUAUGAUACGGAAUCAUCCAACCAAGAUUGUGAAGCUUCCGUCAGUCCGGGAUUGUCGUUGGCGCUGUAGAAAGACGUAUUGCUUUCAUCCUCGCUGCCGCGUAUGUAAGGAGGUUCUAUUCGAUGAAGAAGCUUUGGAAUGGCACCUCAAAUUAGUUCAUAGAGCCUUGUCUCGUGAUGAGUUCAGUAAUUUGCAAGCCAGAAAUAAUCCCAAAAGGCAGGCGAUUAGACGUCGCUCUCUUCAACAUACUCCCCAUUGGAGGCAACGUGGCCCGCAUCCCAGCUUUUUGCCAGGAAGUACUAGCAUGACUAAGAACAGAUAUCGUAGCAUGCUCAAAAAGAAGGAAGACAAGAGUUGUCAUGAACGUAAGCACAGGCAUACCUUACCCGAGAAGCGGCCUAAGUUACGUUGGCCUGAGCUGGAAUCUAUUAUGGCAAAAGGCAAGCGCAGAGCGGGAGUCGGACAACGAUUAAAGGCGUACGUUCGUAAAUGGCGCCUUCGUCCCCGAAUGGUGCUACGGGAGCCUGAUAGGUCUGAAGCGAGAACGAAGGUUGUGGCUACGGCGACCAUGCAAGCUCACUUGGCACCUAGAAUUCCAACACCUGCUGGGAAUUCUAUGGCAGGAACCCUCACCAAGCCGCCUCUAACAAGACCAAAGCCAUUCUCGUUUUCUCUCAGAGAUGAGCUUCUGCUUUGGAAGCACCCUCUACUAGGAGAUAACGAGGAUGCUGAUGGUCGAGAAUGUUUGUCUACAGUACCACAUUCGAACGCGUCGCUUCGAAUUGAAGCUCCGCAGCCUGUCAGUUCAUUCGAGAAUGAACAUCCUGCAUGCUCCACGGAUUUACCGAAUCACCCUGAAAGUUUGGCUGGGGAGAGCCUAGGGUCCAGUUCUGUUGCUUCGAACAGAAACCACGACACGAACACCAAUGAAUUGGUUGCUCCAGUUCACUGCGAAACGUGCGAACGGACUGCAACUGAUCCAGUUAUGACGCAAUGCCGUCACGUCUUCUGUCUCAAAUGUAUUCUCGACAGGUUGACAUGCCGAGGAAAAUGUCCUGCUUGUUCAAAAACGCUUUUUGUCAGCUUAAAGCCCUAAGUUCUGAACCAAACACUUUAUAAGACUGUUGUUGUACCCAUUUGUGCGUUCAUGAUGUUUUCGUGAUGCCAUUUAGUUCGGCAUACUUCGAAUGGAUCAGAUAUCGUAAAGAUGUUCUUGAAGGAUUCUUAGUACCAUCUCUAGCUUGAAACAUUACUUUAUGCUUUACAU